UUUGAACAGAUGAUAGCUGGUGAUUUAACUGGGUUACCUCCCUUACCACGCUCUAUUGUCAGAAUAUUUCUUAGUUCAACAUUUUCAGAUACCCAUGCUGAAAGAAAUAUAUUGUCUAGUAAAGUGUUUCCAAGAUUACGAGAAUAUUGUAAUGAUAUAGGUUUAGAUUUCCAAGUUGUAGAUCUAAGAUGGGGUGUAGCUGAUCAAGCUCAAAAUUAUCAUACAGCUACCAAAAUAUGUUUACAAGAAAUAGAAAAUUGUCAGAGAGUUUCGCUUGGACCUAACUUUAUUGCCUUUGUAAGUCAUAGAUAUGGUGGUCAACCUCUACCUACAGAACUAACGCUUCAACAAUUUGAAGUGAUGAAUUCAGAAAUAACAAAACUUGACUUUCAAGAUGGUGAGCUAUUCUCCAAAUGGUUUCAACUAGAUGAAAAUAACUUGCCACCAAAUUAUGUUCUGCAACAUGUUACAACAUUUUUACCUCAUUUUGGAGAUCUUUCUUAUGGAAAUGAAGCUGAGGCUAAAAAGGAUGCAGAAAUUUGGAAGGAAACUCUACAGAAAUUAAAGACAAUGACACAACUAGCUGCUGAUUCUUUGUUUAAAAAGAAAAAAUUCUCAGCUGCAGAGAAACAUACAUUUUUCAAAUCAGGUAAUGAGUUAGUUGUAAUGCGUGUUAUUUAA